CUCAAAUGAAGACCUACGGCAGAAAGAGGAAGAGGGCUUUCUUUGAUCGCUCAGUGUCUUCCAAUGUUCAUGAUACAACUGUGUCCAGCUCGCCAUCAUCACUGCAGUCCUCCUCGUCGUAUGGAGAUACAUUGUUUUCUUUAUCGUCUUUUGAUAGCACUCAACACAAUACUAGUCCAGCAAAAAAUAAACAACAAUAUGCUCACAAAGAUAAUAAUCCAAAUGAUCUAGAGAUUUCUAGUGAUAUUUUGGCUUCGAAGUCAGACUUGAUCAAAAAUAACUUGCAAAAAAUGACUAGAAAAAGAAGAGCAAUUAAGUCUCAAAAGUUUCAAACACUUGAAAAUGAUAAUAAGUUUGAAAUAAAUGACAACAUUUAUAACGAUGAUACCUUAAACUCUUCCAGUAUUGAUUUCAAAUCAAUAAAAAUAAAGUAUAAAAACUUACGACAAAGUGCUAAUUUUGUACAUAAACAGAAAACCUCUCGCAAAAUUAACUAUGAUGAAUCUAACGAUAAUUCUUUUUUGGAUUCGAAUAUAACUCUGAGAAUAACAAGAAAUGGAAAACAAAAACAAAAAUCUAUCAACAACAACAACAACCAAAAUUUUAAAAAUGAAAAUUUAUUCGAACAUAUUGCUAUAAUAAAAAGAGAUAUAUCAUCUAUCAACCAAUUACUAUCGUCUCCAACAAAAGAAAAUUCAACAGAUUAUAAAGUUUCCAAGGGAAUAAAUAUUGAGACUUCUAGUAUGGAUAAAAAUAAUCAAAACCACCAAAACCAUCAAGAAAACCAAAAAAAUAUAUCAAAGAAUAUGGUAUUAGAUAAUGUUUCAAAAUCCGAAACUAAAAAUAAAGUCAAAAAAGACAACAAUACGUUGAAUAUGAAGUUUUUUGUUGAGCCACCCACUAAUUUGCAACCAAAAUUGAUUUUCAAAAAGCUGUCAAGCAAGAAAAUGGGAAAUACGCAAGAAAAUGUUCAAAUUUUAAAAAAUAAUGAAUCGAUUGAAAAAGAAAAAACCAUCAAAAACAAUAACAGGGAAAAUGCUAAUACUAAUGUUACUAUUACAAAAACAAAAGAGACGGACGCAUGGAAUUUAUUCAAUGAAUCUAUCAUAAGUCCUUUGAAAAAUUCUUCUCACUCAACCAUUUUUAACCUGAAUUCUCAAAUUAACUUGCACAAUAAUAACCUGUCUGAUAAUUCAUUUGAAAAUCAAAACAGUUCCAAUUUCUAUCAAAUCAAAAAUCAAAAAAUUGAUAAUAAGGACAAUAAUGAUAACUCAGACAAUGGUAAUAACAUAAUAAUUGGUGAUCUUUCAAAGAAUAUGGAUCUGCAGAUUACCUUACCUGACAGUUUUGAAAAUUUUGAAGAUUUGCACAACUCUGUAUUUUUUUCUAUAAAACAAAGUAUCUCAAGCAAUUAUGAGAAAUUAAAUGAUAAUUCCAUACUUAGCAUUGAAAAUGGAAUCACUGAAACCACUCAAGAUACUGGAAAUCUUAAAAAUUCUGAAAACUCACAAAGUCUUAUUAGUUUGGCCAACAAUGACAGCCAAAAGAAAAUAUAUGGUUUUCAACGAAGUUAUUUGGCUAAUGAUGAUGAAUUCGAAAUCAGUCAGAUUGACAAUGGACUUUCUUCUCCUGUUUUUAACAACAAUUUUGAUAAUGAUAUUGGCACAAACCAUAUUAAUAUUAUUAGUACCAAUACCAAUGAUGGUAUAUUUUCUAAUGACUCAAAUAAUAAUGAUGGUGAUUAUGUUUUUAGUGCUGUCACAAAUGCUAUGGAAAAUGAUUUUAGUCUUGAUCAAAACGAGAAUCAUGAAUUGAUGCCUGUUCAAUAUAGAAAACAAUCAGUAACCGAAAUUAUUCCUCGGGAUGAAGAUUUUAGCUUGAAAAAUGAUUUUGUGCAUUUUUCACCAAUAAAACCUAACGCAGUUCAGGGGAUAAAUGAAUUAAGAGCAUCGGGAAAAAAAUCAAAUUAUUCAGAUGAGUUAGAUUCCAUAUUCGAUGGCAUUAAACUAAGUUCAAGUUUAUCAUCUAAAAGAUUUAGUCUUUUGGAAAUAUGCUUGAAGUUAGUUCAUGAGUCAAAUUCUGAAGACAAUAAUUUCAUUUUUGCAUUAAAUCAGACACCAUUUGUUGAGUCUAUAAUUGAUGUAUCCGAGAAUGAACUUGACCCAAUUAUUCUUUUUUGUCUUGGGUUCAUUUUUUCUAGGUUUUUAUACCAAUCUGAAAGAGGAAAGUUUGAAAACAAUUAUUUUGUCAAUUUGGUAUUUUCAAAUCAACAGAAUUUUGAAAGUUUCAAAACAGUGCUAAAAAACUUGUUGAUUUUGAAUAACAAAAAUAUUCUUCAGAUUUGUGACGAUUUUAGAAAUUUUAAAAAAGUUUCCAAAACCUCCCAAGAGUUACUCGAAGAGUUUUUAAAGAAGUUUUGUGAGUUAAAUGAUUUUAUAGAUAAGGAAGUUUCGGCGUUUUUCUUUGGUUUAGUUAUUCUUGAUAGAUUAAUGCUAGAUCAUUCUAUUUUAUUGAAAUUCCCCUUAGUUAAAAGUUUAUUCGGCGAUGAAGCAGUUAGCUUAAACUUAUUUUUAUUAGGGGAAAGUUUGUUAUUAUCUAAUCCUUUUAAAGAUCCAUCACAAAUUUCCAAAUUUAACUUAAUCAAUUAUCAAUUAAUGAUGAGUUUAAUUGAAAAUUCUAUUGUUUCUAGUGAAAUUGUGUUUACGAUAUUAUUAAAAGAAAUUGAUACAUUUAUACUAGUUUUCCAAAAACUCUAUGAAUUGAUUGACACGUUGAGUGGUAUAGAUUUCAAUUAUUUUGAUUUGAUUAGCAAAGGGAAGAUUAGAAAUGAAAAAUAUUAUAAAAUCAGUUCAAAGAAUUUGGGGUUUCUAUUAAAUUGUUGUUUAAGCAUACUUCGAAUAAACAUCAUUAUAACCUCUAAUAUUUUUGAGUACGAAAAACGACUUUUUGAUAAUCGUGAUAUAUUAAACAAGUUCAAAGCUGUUGUUUUUGAUGGAGAUUUAAUUAAAAAAUUGUUAAGUAUUAUAUUAAAUACGCAAAUAAUAAUGAUUAAUAGCCUGAGUUAUAAAUCUAAAAGAAAAUACAGUUCUAAUAAUGAUGGGAAUCGGUUUAAAAUAUUAUUUAACAAUUUCACAUUAUUCUCAUUUGGUUAUUUGAUUAAUAUGAUAGAGAACUAUCAGUGCAGUUUAAAAUUUGUUGAAGAAUUGGAUUUGAUAUUGAGAGUUCUUCGGUGUAUAGAUGUUAGAUUUGUUCGAGAUGAGAAAAGGAAUGAUUAUGAUUAUGAUUACAAAGAGUCGUUAUUAAGUAACAUUAAAAAAAAUGAAUCUGUAUAUAUUGUUGGCUAUUUAUGUUUGUUGGUUGGACUUUUAAAAGUAAACAGGAAUACUAGAGAGGCGAUUGAAGGUAAUUUAUUGCCAAUUGAUAUUGAUAGAAUUAAGGUGCUGUUGAAUAAAUUGAGAGAAAUAAUUCCAAAGAUUGAAAAAGGUUGCAAAAAAGUGGAUAAUGUUGUUGAUGAGCUAACUAUCGGCAAAUUAAAGGGCAUUGGAUCGCAAAUUGAUUCUGUUUUGAAAGAUAUUUAGAAUGAUU